GGAAAGGAAGGGGGGAAUACCUAAAACCAAAACUUGAUACCAACUAUAUAUUCCUCAAACCUUCAAUCCUCGCCGUCUUUUGCAGUGGCUUCUCGCCGACCUCUCUUUCCCUCUCUUCUCAAAUCCCUUCUCCCCGGCGUCAUCUCUGCCGCCGGCGGUGUUUCUCCCCUUUCCUUCGUCGGUCAUCCCGCUAUCUGCCCCCCUUAUUUCCUAUCCCUAACUAUCCGCAAAACCAAAAACAACUAAAAAAAACUUCAAUCUUCUUUCUUCCUCUUUCUCCCCCCGUCCCUUAUAUCUGCUAGAUCUUAAAACCCUAAAAAAUCGAAAACAAAUUUCUUCAGGCUUCGGUUCAUAUGGCGCAGGUGCAACAGAUUCAACCUCAGCCUAUCAAUGCUUCUGCUUCUGGAAACCAGUUCGUCACGACGUCGUUGUACGUCGGAGACCUCGACCUGAAUGUGACUGAUUCGCAACUCUAUGAUGUCUUUAACCAGCUCGGUCAGGUCGUGUCAGUUCGCGUUUGCAGGGACUUGUCCACAAGGCGAUCGCUUGGCUACGGUUAUGUCAACUUCAGCAAUCCGAUUGAUGCUGCGAGGGCCUUGGAUCAGCUCAACUUCACUCCUCUAAAUGGGAAGCCAAUUAGGAUAAGUUAUUCUCAUCGUGAUCCUAGCAAGCGCAAGAGUGGAUCAGGGAAUAUAUUCAUUAAGAAUCUGGACAAGGCAAUUGACCACAAGGCUCUGCAUGAUACUUUCUCCUCAUUUGGCAAUAUUCUCUCUUGCAAGGUUGCUACUGACUCCUCUAGCCAGUCUAAAGGUUAUGGGUUUGUGCAAUAUGAUACUGAGGAAGCUGCUCAGAAAGCUAUUGAGAAACUUAACGGAAUGUUACUAAAUGAUAAGCAAGUUUUUGUAGGGCCCUUUCUUCGGAAGCAAGAAAGGGAUUUGGCUCUAGACAAGACGAAAUUCACUAACGUCUUUGUGAAGAAUUUAUCAGAAUCCACAACUGAUGAAGAACUGACAAAAGUAUUUUCCGAAUUUGGACAAAUUACCAGUGCUGUAGUCAUGCGAGAUGCUGAUGGCACUUCCAAGUGCUUUGGUUUUAUCAACUUUGAGGAUGCAGAUGCUGCUGCUCAAGCUGUUGAGUCUCUUAAUGGUAGAAAGAUUGAUAAUAAGGAGUGGUAUGUUGGAAAAGCUCUAAAGAAGACUGAAAGGGAACAAGAACUAAAAGUUCGAUUGGAGCAAAAUGCGAAGGAGGCGGCUGACAAAUUUCAAGGAAUGAAUCUUUACAUAAAAAAUCUGGAUGAUACUAUUGGGGAUGAGAACCUCAAGGAAAUGUUCUCUCCUUUUGGUGACAUUACUUCAUGCAAGGUUAUGCGGGAUCCUAGUGGUAUCAGUAAAGGUUCAGGAUUUGUUGCGUUUUCUUCUCCCGAUGAGGCCUCUAAAGCUUUAGUGGAGAUGAAUGGGAAGAUGGUUGGGAGCAAACCUCUCUAUGUGGCUCAUGCACAGAGAAAAGAAGAUAGAAAAGCAAGACUGCAGGCUCAGUUUUCUCAAAUGCGUCCAAUCGCAAUUGCCCCAUCAGUUGUCGGCCCACGGAUGCCAAUUUAUCCUCCUGGCGGUCCAGGUCUUGGACAACAGAUAUUUUAUGGACAAGCUCCUCCUGCCAUGAUACCUCCUCAACCUGGUUUUGGAUAUCAGCAGCAACUUGUUCCAGGUAUGAGGCCCGGAGGCGGUCCAAUGCCCAAUUUCUUUAUGCCGAUGGUUCAGCAGCAGCAGCAGCAAGGACAGCAGCAACAACAGCAAGGUCAUCAGCGCCCUGGUGGUAUUGGUGGUGGUGGUAGACGUGCAGGAGCUGUUCCAUUACAGCAGAACCAACCGCCUAUGAUGCAGCAACAGAUGGUUCCAAGAGGACGAUAUUACUAUCCACCUGGACGUGGGCACCACCCUGAUGUUUCAAUGGGAGGAGGAGGCAUGCUUUCUGUUCCGUAUGAUAUGGGUGGAUUACCCUUGCGUGAUUCUGGAAUAAUAUCUCAGCCUCUUCCUAUUGGGGCUCUUGCAUCUGCCCUUGCUAAUGCUUCUCAUGCAGAACAGAGGACUAUGCUGGGUGAAAAUCUGUACCCGGUUGUGGAAAACCUGGAGCCAGAGAAUGCGGCUAAGGUAACAGGAAUGCUGUUGGAGAUGGAUCAGCCUGAGGUUUUACACUUGUUGGAGUCCCCUGAAGCACUCAAGGCCAAGGUUGCUGAAGCUAUGGAAGUCCUGAGGAAUGUUCAGCAGCAAGGAACCAAUUCUCCAGCUGACCAGUUAGCUUCAUUGUCUUUGAAUGAUUCCAUUGUUUCUUGAGCCAAAUAGUUGGUUUUCUAAUUCAGAACUUUUAUUGGUUUAUUUGAAUCUUUGACUGGUGCUACUGUUUUGAGUUUGUUUGUUUGUGCUACCUUUUCUACUUAUGCUUGGGCUUAAACAAAAUACUGUCAUUGCUCUUAGCAGAUGUUUGGUUUGGUGCAAAUUGCUGUCUUUGUUUUUUGAUUAACAAAAUACAGAGCUUUGGUUUGA